GUAGAAACAUAGGCAGUUGCGCGGCUGGCAUAGAUGGUCCCCGCCCGCGCCCAUCAUCGCCACCAUGCAUCUCUGGAGAAAAUCAUCAACUUUUCCGCCCCCGAACCCUUGACAGCAGACCAGCGCUCCCAGGCCCGUGACAGGUUCUAUGCUGUCAUCAAUCAUUUCAGUGCCACUGAUAGAAGGGUUGGAUACAGCCGCCCGCUACUUGUCCGGUAUACGUUUGAGUAUGCACGCUCUGAGCUGUCGCAGGAUAUCUUUCUGCGUGCCUUCUUUGAAUUUAUGAACCUGGGUCUUACCAGUGAUGAUGAUAUUGAUUUUGAUGACGAUCAGCUGGACAACGGUUUGACCACUUUUGCAGACUUUCUACUGGAUAACAUUUUUCUACCCCUUAAGGCUUCUGGUCACCACACCGCCCAGCCCUCACCCGCUCAUCUGUCAGUUAUUCACCGAGCGCAAGGAGGAAUACAUGAAUUUACUGCCACCCCUGAUCGACUCUCAGUCCUUCGAGGUAUUUGCCUUAUCCGUGACCGGAAUCGUUGCGUGAUUUCGCGCAUAUUCGAUCAGGACGAAGCAAUAAGUCGUCUGGAGCGACAUGGGAAUAAUGCUCGGGACGACGAUGGGCAGCUACUCCUUGGAGAGGAAUUUCUGACUCUAGAGGUGGCACACAUACUUCCACAUGCCCUGACUCAGGCAAAGGCAGAUUCUCAGUUGGACGAUUCCAAAAAAGCUGCCCUAAUGAUUCUCAACAUGUUCGAUUUCAAUGUUUCACAUCUGAUUAAUGGUGUUGAUAUCGAUCGGCCAUUCAAUGCUAUAAGUCUUACCCAGAAUCUCCAUGGCCUAUUUGGCAAGUUCAAAAUCUUCUUUGAACCGGUUCCUGGCCAGAAACAUACCUAUCGAAUUGAUUCCUGCCUCCCCCCGGGUGCCGUACGAGCUGUCCCCGUCACUCGGACCCUCUAUCUCACACCUGACCGCUCAAUCGAACCCCCGUUGCCCCGGCUCCUUGCGAUACACAGUGCCAUUUGUCAUAUUCUCCAGCUCUCUGGUGCUGGGCAAUACAUUGACAAGAUUCUCCAGGAUCUGGAGGAGAUUGGGACUCGAGAGGACGGGUCAACCGACCUGGGCCGUUUAGUGAACCUGAGAUUGGGUGGUUGGCUAGACGGCGCCGUUGAUGUCCACUGAUGCUUUAUCGUUUGAGUUGAGCAUAGAGUUGCGGCGCACUUGUAUUUCUUUUUUGGCUCCGGUCGCUAGUCGCCUGCUUGGUUUGCUCGUUGAAUGUUUUCCGUCUCGAUUGUGUGAGGACCGCGACCGCGACUCCCUGCUGACGGAGCAGGCGGAAGGUUGUUCCGAGGCGAAGCCCUAAACCCUAGGUGGAGGAUUCACUAAAGGGAUAAAUGUUUCUGUGACAUGGAAGCUUAUUGUGUGUAUAUAGUGAGCCCUUACCCUGAACCCCCUUUCUAGAGCCUGUCUUAGUAUUUCAUUAUUAUAGCUACCUAGUUGGCAACAGGGAUUCUUCUCCUACAGUGCCUAGCUGAGCUUCUAAUAUAAUACUAAGAUCUACAACAUCUUU